AUGACGCAGGUCUUGUCGAAAUGUGAAAAGUUGCCGGAUAUUUCGAGACCAAGAUGGGACCAGAACACGUUUCAAGGCAGAAUGUAUCAUUUUUUCACUACUGCCAACUGUUUGAAUCUCUUCGCAAGUAAUUCAAAACUGGAAAGAGCUCGAAACAUCGUCUUGGAGUACAAACAAGGAAAGUAUGAUCCGAAUAUGACUGUAAACGAGUUAUGGAAAGCAAAGACACUCUACGAUUCAGCGUUUCAUCCAGACACCGGAGAGAAAAUGUUCAUAUUGGGAAGAAUGAGUGCUCAAGUACCAUGUAAUAUGGUUAUUACUGGUGGAAUGCUCACUUUUUAUCAAAAAUUGCCUCAUGUUAUUUUCUUCCAUUGGAUCAAUCAAUCUUUCAAUGCAAUCGUGAACUACACGAACCGAAGUGGAACUCAUAAACAAGAUGAUCGGACUCUGUUUCUUUCAUAUUGCGGAGCCACUACUGGCGCUCUUUCUUGUGCACUUUCCUUCAAUUUUCUCCUCAAAAAAUGGAAAAAUGCUCCUCCGAUUCUCGCACGUCUUGUACCAUUCGCAGCUAUCGCUUUUGCCAAUGCUAUAAAUAUUCCAAUGAUGAGAAACAAAGAAUUCACAAACGGCAUUCCAGUCGAAGACGCUGACGGUAGGACAAUGGGAUUCUCAACCGUUGCCCCGGAAUACGCGAUUCCUCAAGUUGUUCUUAGUCGUGUUGGAAUGGCUGUACCCAAUAUGGUUCUCGGUCCGGUGAUUCUGGAGCAGAUCUCGAAAGCUGCUUGGUAUACUCCACCAAUGGCUGCUCCCCUUCAAACAUUGCUUUGUGGUUUCAUGCUCGCCUUCUCAACUCCAAUUUGCUGCGCUCUUUUCCCACAGAAAAGUUCCAUUCAAGUAGAUCAUCUAGAGUUGUCAUUGCAGGAGCACAUCAACAAACUUCCAAAUCCCCCGAAAGUUGUAUACUAUAAUAAGGGAUUGUAG